CCCACCAUUGUUUAUCAUCUACUCAUACCUUUUUUUCCCUUUCUCCCCUUUGCUAAAUAUAUAGUACAACUUUUGUCAUGUUUUUCUAAAGACCAACAUUAUAUAAUUCCUAUUAUAGUUCCAUUGGGAUCUCUUGCUCAAGUCACAUACAUUCAAGAAAAUGUCCACCAUUAUAAUGACUAAAGGAGCUUCCAAAUUCAUCUUCUUAUUCUUCUUGUCUAUUCUUCUUGCCUGCAUUUCUGGAUUAUCGCCAGCUAAAAAUUUCGAGCACAAAGGACUUGAAAGGGAAAAGGAACAAAAAUUCCAUAUUUUCGCGAAAGGACUGCUCGAAUUGUUACCCAUUAGAGCAUUUAAACAUGACUCGAUCGAUCCAACAACAACUGGAUUUCCUACAACUCCUGUAGUAAAUCCUGUCACCACUCCAGUUAAUAUGCCUCCUGAUAAUUCAGCUCCAACAGUUGUUACUGUCCCAUCCACAAAUCCUAAUGCUGGAAUUCCAAAUCUUGGGUCUACACCUCCAGCAGUUCCUUCUACUACCCCGCCGACUGACACGAACCCCAAUCCAUCGGUACCAAUAACUAAUCCAGUUACCACUCCUAGCACAAAUGCACCUGUAAGUAAUCCUGUAACGGCGAAUCUAACCCCAGUAGGUGGUGUUCCAGUCACCACCCCGGUAACGCCACCUGCAACCACAAGCUCUCCUGCUACCUCAGGGCAGAGCUGGUGUGUCGCGAAGAAUGGAGCGAUGGAAACUUCACUUCAGUCAGCGCUUGAUUAUGCUUGUGGAAAGGGAGCAGAUUGCUCAGCCAUUCAGCAGGGUGGAAGUUGUUAUAAUCCCAAUAGUCUGCAAAACCAUGCAUCAUAUGCUUUCAAUAGCUAUUUUCAAAAGAAUCCAGGGCAAACAAGCUGUGAUUUUGGGGGUGCUGCCAUGAUAACCAACUCAAACCCAAGCACUGGUUCUUGUGUUUUUCCUACAUCGGGGUCUUCUACAUCAUCGUCUGCGACACCAACGCCUGGAACUCCAGCGCCGACAACAGCCUCGUCAACAGGUGGUGCAGUACCAGGCUCUGUAGCACCAACAGUACCGAAUGGAGGCGACUCUGGAUUUGGAACGAUGCCGGGCAUUAGUGACAGUAUCCCUCCCACUGCAACCACCUCAUUGUCCAUGUCAAAUGGCAUGCAACCCUUAGUUGGCUGCAUCUUUCUUGUCACCUCCAUUGUGACUAGCAAGCUUAUCUUGGAGAUUUGAGGAAAUUAAGAAGUUCAGUUACCAAGUAAGAAGCUGGAUUUUCAGUUUCUAGCUAUGUACAGUUCUUGAGGAGUAAAUGGAAGCAGUUAGGAGUACUAUCAAGGUUUAGACAUUACAUACCUAUACACUGCUUUAGUAUAGUUAAUUAUCCUGCAUACCACCUACUUAGAUGUAAAAUUCAUAUAUUGGUUUUAGAGGCCAUUAUCUACAUCCAUCAAUAUAUAAGUUUAAUAGGUCAGAUGUUCCACUGUUAUAUUGUAUUAUUGUUUAGGAAGUAGGUUACUAGUCCUGGAUCUCAUAUGAUCAAUCAUUGUAUUAGUUUACUACUUUUUAUAUAUGAAUAGAGAGAAUUUGCGAGGUAAAUACGUUGCAGAGACAGGUCUAUAUAUGUUUAGAAUUAAAUAAAAUGGAAAAUGUAGCCUAGUAAAA